GGCAUUUAACCUGCCCUCGCGAUCCUGGGCUCUGUAGCGCCCCAUAAGUCCAAUAGGUUCAGGCAAGGGGAUGGUCGAGCUCUAAGUGCGGGGCAUGCGUAGAAACGGCGAGGGAGGGAGGCCUGGCACUGGAUCGAGACGCGGGUUAAGGUAUUACCUGGAAAAUGGAUGACGAUGACUUUGGAGGAUUUGAGGCAGCAGAAACCUUUGAGGAUGGAAAUGUUUCUGCUGAGUUACUCCAAGAGCAGUCUACUACUUCUACAAGUGAUAAUAUACUGACAGAAGAUCAACUCACAUCUACUCCUUUAAAUUUAGCAUAUCUGAAAGAGCAGGUUCCAUUAACAAUUGAUCCUUUAGAAGUACCAGUUUCAUCUUCAAAUCUAACCAAAGGUUUAGAAGCAACAGUUGAUGAUAGUGAUGAUGAAAAACUGGGCUUAAGUGAAUCGAAGGAAGAUCUUCAACAAACACUUUCAAGUCUAGAAUUUAAACUUAAAGCAGCUGAUGAAGAAAAAUGUAGAAUAAAAAAGGAGUUGGAAGGUCUGAUGGAAAAACACAGGAUUCUGGAAACAGAUUUCCUGAAGGACAAGGAAGCUACAUUGAUUUCACACCAGGACCAAUACAAUAAGCUCAUGGAUAAGCAUAAACUUGAGUUGGAAGACUUGAGAAGAGCUGGUCAUGAUGCCUUGGCUAUUAUUGUAGAAGAAUUCAAGGCUUUACUGCAGACUGUAGUUCAGCAACGUGAGGAAGUUAUUGAAAAACAGUAUAUAUCAGCAAUUGAAAAGCAGGCACGUAAGUGUGAAGAAAUGCUUGUUGCACAGCAUCAGAGACUGCUUGAUAUGUUGGAUAAAGAACACAAAGCAUUGGAGGAAAAAACAGAAGAAUCCUUGUUGCAGCAAUCACAAGAAUUUAAGGAAAUACUGGAAAAAUGCAUGGCGCAUGAAAGGGAAAGCAAUAAGCAGGUCUUGGCAGCUGCUGCAAAGAUUGAAAAACAAGACAUGCAGGCUGCUAUUAAAACAGCAAUAAAAGCAGAAAGAGAAAAUAUGAAAAAAAUUCAGGAGAAGGAAGUAUGGCAAGCAGAGCAAAAUAAAGAACAUGAAAAGAUUGCUCAAGCGAUUGAAGAUGCAAUUCAAGAGCAAAGACAAAAUAGUCAGUUAAUUGUAAAAGCUGCAAUCAAAGAAGAACAACAGAAAAGUGAGAAAGCAAUAGCAGAAGCUGUGAAGCAAACAAGAGAAGAAUUACUAGAAUAUAUAAGUGAACAGAAAAGACUUGAUCAAGUUAUCCGCCAACGUAGUCUAUCCAGUCUGGAACUUUUCCUGUCUUGCGCACAGAAACAGCUGAGCUCUUUAUUACAUGAAGAACCUACAACAAAAGAUGCAGAACAGAAGAAACUGCCCCUUUAAGCUGGCAGUAUUUAACAAGCUUUUAAUCUGGAUGCUGAAGAUAAUUCAAGACAAUGGGAAUUGUUAUUGAUUCAGAAUCAGUCAACUGGCUUUAAUUUAUUUAUUUUUAAUAUGCUCUUAUCACCUAUAAAAUUAAUUGUCAUGUAAAAUCUCAGCAAAUGAAAUAUUCAAAGAUAAUGAAAUUUACAAAUGACAAAUUAUUUCCACAGGAAUGACUGGUAUAUGCAGUAAUUGGCAACUCACAACUAUACAAUAUUAGUAUCAAAUUCCUUGAGAGGAAAUUCCACUUAUAAUCAUAACCAUAUUAUCACAGCGUGGUAUGUAGACACUUUUUACAUCAAACCAAUUUCAUGUCUUCUCUUAUUGUAAUUAGAUCUUCAGGUACACUAAAUUAUAAGAACUAUGAUAUCUGGUUCCUUAAUAAUUGUUAGGAUCCAAAGAGCUUUUUAUCUAUUCUCUUUUCCCAAGGGCUUUGCCACACACCGUGUUUUGUUUUGUUUCUUACAAGAAAGUCUCAUUAGCUUGAGAAGCAGCUUGUCAUAAGAGACAAGGCCCUAUUGUUUGAGAAAAUCUAGUUUGCAAAACUUCUCUGUAGGUAUGAAACUAGUACUGCACUUCUUUGGAUCCCAAUGAUCCCAGUAAGAAACAUUGUGUAUCUUUCUUUGGAUAUCUUGCUCAAUGUGGUUUGCCCCUUAGUAUAUGUAUUUAAGAUUGCAGUCUUAGUUCAGGCUAUAAAAGUAGAAAUUUUGACAAAGCAGUCUGACAUUAAAAGGUCCCACGUCCAAACACUUGUGCCAGCAAAUAACACAGAAUUAGUCCUUAGUUGAAAUUAAAGUCAAAUAAUUGAAAAUUAUUUGAGAUUUUCAUAGCUUUGUCUCACAUGUGUAAUUGUUCUGGCUUUCUGACAUAUUGCAGAACUAAUGAUAAGGUAAUUAUAAAUAGAUUUUUAAUACUCCUUUGCAUUUAGCAAU